AAAACGCCUCAACCGCGUUCGACCCAAAACCGCAGCUACUUCGUACCCUCCACCACGAUUCGCUCGUUCUUUCUUUCCUUCUUCCUACUUCCACUCUUUCUCUCUUUUUGUAUCUCUAGAAUUACUUUCAUGCCAGGUUUACUCCUGAACCCCCGUUUCUGCUCCGAGUUCCUCGAAGGAAACUGUCGACAUGGCGAAGGUUGUCGGCACAGGCAUGACAUACGACGCUGCGAAUGCGGAUUAAUCCUUCCUUCCUCGGAUUAUGCCAGUCAUUCGGGUGGGAAAAGACAUAAAGAGGCGAUUGCUGGGAGAGCUUUGCGUCCUCGACGAAGACCCCCUAGUCGGGUUCCAAGGCAGAAUGGAAACAGCUCAUCCUCAAGCUACUAUUACGACAAAUCAGACCUGGACGCACGACCUGAACAAGGUCAUUUUAGUGGCUCAGCGAGUGUUCCUCGUUGUCCGAAAUGUAGCAGGUUUAUUUCGGCGGAGCUUUAUCAAGAUCAUGUCAAGUCUCAUGAUACUCAGUCGGAACUUGAAACUGCUAGAAAAACAGUCGAGGCCAACAAGAAUGGGAUCACGAUCUCUGGGCUCGAUGGGGUUGAUUUCGGUAUUGUCGCUGGGCCGGAGGAGGAGGGUAGUGAAGAGGAACAGGAGUCGGUGGUGGUGUCAUUGGAGAUGACACGCGAAUGCGAGUUACCUGCGUCGCCCUUGAAGCUCGUGAAGUGUAGGCUUCUAUCUUCAGUCAGGGGAGACGAAGUUGGGAAUCGUUUUUCAGCCAACUUGAUCGGCUCUCCAUUCAUCAAUCCACCUCGUACGAGAAUCCUGAACGUUACAUUCCACCCAUCUUAUGCUGGACGUUACGAAGACACGUUAGAACUCGUUUUUUUCGAUAUUUCUUCUCGCACUCGUUUUGUCAUUCAGCGUCGACUCAGUGCUACCGUCGGUGAUCGUGUUGACCAUGAAGCGAUUCUAGCUUCAGUAACGCCGUAUCGUCGACGAAAACGCGGCAUACCUCUCCGACUUGAUGGCCCCGUCAAGACAAGCACAAGACCAUCUACCUGGACCAGGACAGAAUGGAAAUCAUUCUUGCCCAAGUUCGAUGUGCCGAAAACACUCACCGAUGUUUUGUACAAGAGCGGUGGGGUUCCACGGUCGAAGAAAGAGACGUUCGAAACAUUAAAGACAUUUAUCUCCCCCACGUUCAACACUAAAACGUAUGGGGCAAGAUUCCAGUUGAUGCUUCACCUUGAAGAAGAACAGAUGAAAUUUGAAUUGGAUGCAUACGCCAUGGAAGGCGUCACUCUCCAACCCAACCAUCCUCGAUAUAAGCUCGAGGUCAAAGGUCUUUCCGAAGGCCGCCCCUCGGUUCUAGUCGGAGAUUUUAUACUCGUACGACAACAACACGCGACGGACAAAACCUGGUUCGAAGGUCGCGUUCAUCAAGUACACGAAUCUCACGUUAGUCUCCGCUUCGGAGACGACUUCAAUACCUACCGUGGCACAUCCUUUGAUAUCCAGUUUGUUUUGAAUCGUCUAUCCUUGCGUCGCAUGCAUGCAGCCGUCACGAACAUCAACAAUCCUGAGAGGCUGUUGUUCCCUGGCUCUCUACAUCUGAGGCAGAAGCACAACCAGCGGGUUACCCAACAACAGGUGGAGGAGAUCGUGCCGAUUAAUCGCUUAAUUGGGGAAGAUCCUGAACAGCUACAGACAGUCGCUGCGAUCGUCAAUUUACCUCCCGGUAGUGUUCCUUUCGUUGUUUUUGGUCCACCAGGUACCGGUAAAACCGUCACCCUUGUCGAAGCUAUCCGUCAAAUCCUAAUCCGUGACCCCGACUCCCGCAUUGUCGCUUGUGCACCAAGCAACUCUGCUGCAGACUUGCUUGCGAAUAAGCUUUCGGAUCUCGGAACCUCUCAAGUCUUCCGGCUCAACUCUUUAUCGCGGCCGUUCAAGGAUCUUCCGGACACCCUAAAGAAGUUCAGUUUGACAAAUGAUAAUGAGGUUUUUGCUAUGCCAUCCGGAGCUGAUUUUAUCAAAAAAUUCCGUGUCAUUGUUGCCACUUGCCUCAGUGCGGGUGUACCGGCAUCCUUGGGGGUUGAGCGUGGAUUCUUCUCGCAUAUCUUCGUUGACGAAUGUGGACAGGCGACUGAACCUGCUGUUAUGGUUCCCUUGAAGAGUUUGGUAGGGGAAGACACGAAUGUGAUUGUGGCUGGUGAUAAUAAACAGCUGGGGCCUAUUGUGCAUUCUGCGUUGGCGGCCAAGUUUGGGUUGAAGACGAGUUAUUUAGCGAGGAUUAUGGAGAGGGAUAUCUAUGAUUUGGGAGAGGAUGGAGGGGGGGGAGUAGGAGGAGAAGGAGGGGGGAAAGGUGUUACUAUCAUCAAACUUGUCCGCAAUUUCCGUUCUCAUCCUGCUAUAUUGAAUUUCUCCAACGAACAUUUUUACAACCGCGAGCUGCAGUACUUGGGGAAUCCUGUUCAGACGCAUAGCUUGGAGAAUGUGGAUGAGCUUCCGACGAAACGCUUCCCGGUUAUUUUCCAUGGCAUUGUGGGGAAGGAUAUGAGGGAAGAUGAAUCGCCGUCCUAUUUCAACAUCGAAGAGGCGCUUUUGGUGAGGAAGUAUGUUAUGAACUUGGUUGGGAAUAGAAAGAAUAAGAUUAAACCGGGAGACAUCGGGGUCAUUACACCGUAUCAUGCACAGAGAAUCAAGAUACUGAAUCUAUUUCAUCGCGAUCCGAAGUUGCGCGAUAUUAAAGUUGGGAGUGUGGAAGAGUUCCAAGGACAGGAACGACGCGUCAUCAUCAUCUCGACGGUUCGAAGCAACACGAAUUUCAUUGCGACUGAUAUCCGUCGGACAUUGGGUUUCGUUGCGAACCCUCAUCGGUUCAACGUGGCAAUCACACGCGCACAAGCCCUUCUCAUAGUUAUUGGGAAUCCCCUCGUGCUCGGGUUAGAUCCUCUCUGGCGUGCUUUCAUGAAUUACGUUCAUACCAAUGGCGGUUGGUGUGGUGCACCUCCUAGCUGGAAUACCUAUGAACCUGUGGAUACUGCUGAAUCCAGUUACAGUUACGGAGAGGUGGAGAACCAGUUCGUUGCAGCUGCUAGAAGGGCGGCUAUUGGCGAAGCUGAAGAAGAACUUGCGAGGUUGAAAGCGUUGAUUGCGAGGAAUAACGAUGAGAUUCUUGGGAUUGAGAGUGGUUUGGAUGAGUUGGAUCUGGAUGAUGAUUUUGCUGGUGAUGAUAGUGAUGGUGAUGACGAUGAGAUCGUCGGAAGGUUUGGAUUUGGGGAGGGAAAGGUGUUUAGGGAGGAGGACUGAAGGAUCUGUUAGGAGUUGGAUCUUUUUUUUUGGCUUUCUUGAUGUGUGUGCUUGAGAUCUAUUUGAUUAAUUGGUUGCUGAAAAUCUAUCAAUACGAUUGCGAUGUUUUUGUGUAGUUGAUUAGGAGAGAGGUCGUCUAGAACCUACAUAAGUGUUGAAAUUGACCCGGUC